ACAGGUAGCCACUGUGAGCCAGCCCAAUUUCACAUACUUUGCUGGCUUUCUUCCUUCUGUCUCACUCUCCUCACCCUGGCUUCUGGGAUCCUGUAAGAAUUAAAGAGGAAAGAACCAUGAAAGGUGGCUCGACAGUCGAGGACUGGUUUAUUUUAGAAAAAACAAAACUGAGAGAGGCUUUUGGCCAAGUUAGGUCAGAGCCUACUCUCUUACAGACUAAGAGUUUUUAAGGUUUCAGGGUGGGAGAGUUUAUCAGAGGCUUGGACUGCUUCUGUGUCUUUGUUGUGCUUAUCUGGGAGGGAGAGUUGUGUGUCUGUUCCCAUACAUCUUUCUGCAGCUGCAGGCAUAUCCCCACCGCCCCCCAGUCUGCUUUUAGCUUCCUUAUCUUAGUGCACCUGAAGGGAAAGGAAUGUGCUUAUUAAGGCCCACUGUUUUACUGGGGCCAAUUGUACGAGGGUGAAGUUUGGCAGUUACUCAAGGGACUUUCCUCCCACCCCUCUCUGCGCCUGAGCUGUCUUAUCUGUGUUUUACUGUCUGCUCUUUCUGGCUGCUUGUUUUUUAGAAGAGAAGUGAUUUCCUUGAAAUACAUGAGGCUAGAAAGGGAGCUGGAAUUUAAAGUGGUGGUGUUUGUCUGAGAUGAUGGUGCUCCUGCUCUGUUAGAUCUCUUUGCAGAUGAAGUGCCUGCAUCCUCGUCCUUGUCUCAGGAGCUAUUUCUUGGGAAGUCUAUGUAGGACAGUUACGUGACAGGGAUAAAUCAAAUGAACAGCUCUGCGUGGAUCACACAGGCAGCACACACUUUGGAGGAGCUUCCUGGUUGGGGAUGAUGGCAGGGUGUAUGAAGGUGUUGGCUGGAAUAUCCAAGGAGUGCACACCCAAGGCUACAACAACAUCUCCCUAGGCUUUGCCUUCUUCGGCACUAAGAAAGGCCACAGUCCCAGCCCUGCUGCCCUGUCGGCCAUGGAAAACCUAAUCACCUAUGCUGUCCAGAAGGGCCACCUGUCAUCCAGUUAUGUUCAGCCACUUCUUGUGAAAGGCGAGAACUGCCUGGCCCCUCGGCAGAAGACAAGCCUGAAGAAAGCUUGCCCCAGCGUUGUCCCACGGUCUGUGUGGGGAGCCAGGGAGACCCACUGUCCCAGGAUGACUCUCCCAGCGAAGUAUGGCAUCAUUAUCCACACUGCCGGGAGGACCUGCAACAUUUCUGAUGAGUGCCGCCUGCUGGUCCGGGACAUCCAGUCUUUCUACAUAGACAGGCUCAAGUCAUGCGACAUUGGGUAUAACUUCCUGGUGGGCCAGGAUGGCGCCAUUUAUGAAGGGGUGGGCUGGAAUGUCCAAGGCUCCUCCACCCCUGGCUACGAUGACAUUGCCCUGGGCAUUACCUUCAUGGGCACCUUCACAGGGCCGCCGCCCACACUCUCCCGGUCAGAGUCCUGGGACCACAUGGGCACGCUGCCAUGGCUUCUUGCCUUCUUCAUUCUGGGUGUCCAGGCUUGGGAUACUCCCACCAUCGUCUCCCGCAAGGAGUGGGGGGCAAGACCGCUUGCCUGCAGGGCCCUGCUGACCCUGCCUGUGGCCUACAUCAUCACAGACCAGCUCCCAGGGAUGCAGUGCCAGCAGCAGAGCGUUUGCAGCCAGAUGCUGCGGGGGUUGCAGUCCCAUUCCGUCUACACCAUAGGCUGGUGCGACGUGGCGUACAACUUCCUGGUUGGGGAUGAUGGCAGGGUGUAUGAAGGUGUUGGCUGGAACAUCCAAGGCUUGCACACCCAGGGCUACAACAACAUUUCCCUGGGCAUCGCCUUCUUUGGCAAUAAGAUAGGCAGCAGUCCCAGCCCUGCUGCCUUAACAGCUGCAGAGGGUCUGAUCUCCUAUGCCAUCCAGAAGGGUCACCUGUCGCCCAGGUAUAUUCAGCCACUUCUUCUGAAAGAAGAGACCUGCCUGGACCCUCAACAUCCAGUGAUGCCCAGGAAGGUUUGCCCCAACAUCAUCAAACGAUCUGCUUGGGAAGCCAGAGAGACACACUGCCCUAAAAUGAACCUCCCAGCCAAAUAUGUCAUCAUCAUCCACACCGCUGGCACAAGCUGCACUGUAUCCACAGACUGCCAGACUGUCGUCCGAAACAUACAGUCCUUUCACAUGGACACACGGAACUUUUGUGACAUUGGAUAUCACUUCCUGGUGGGCCAGGAUGGUGGCGUGUAUGAAGGGGUUGGAUGGCACAUCCAAGGCUCUCACACUUAUGGAUUCAACGAUAUUGCCCUAGGAAUUGCCUUCAUCGGCUACUUUGUAGAAAAGCCUCCAAAUGCUGCAGCGCUGGAGGCGGCCCAGGACCUGAUCCAGUGUGCCGUGGUUGAGGGGUACCUGACUCCAAACUACCUGCUGAUGGGCCACAGUGACGUGGUCAACAUCCUGUCCCCUGGGCAGGCUUUGUAUAACAUCAUCAGCACCUGGCCUCAUUUCAAGCACUGAAGGAGGCCCCACUCCCUUUGAGACUGCCCUCCCUCCCCUGCCGGGUCUCUCCAACCCUCACCAGCCAAGCUGGCUCAGCACCUUGUGUCCCCCUCCCCUGCCAGCCCAUCCUUUCUCAGGUUUGAAUGGUCAUGUCCUUUCCUGCCAACAUCCUCCAGGAGCCCCAAACCUCACAGCUGGGCAUUCACAGCCCUCUUGGUCUGAGUUUAGACUUCCCCUCUCUUUACCUACCUCUCCCCUGGGCACCUACCUCCUCAGUCAGGUGGGACAAUGGGCUGGUCCUUGUGGCAUUUCUCUCUCUCUCCCCCCAACCCCUGUCUCCUCUUCUUUCUUUCUUUGCUUCCUUUUUCUUUCUUUCUUUCUUUCUUUCUUUCUUUCUUUCUUUCUUUCUUUCUUUCUUUCUUUCUUUCUUUCCUUCCUUCCUUCCUUCCUUCCUUCCUUCCUUCCUUCCUUCCUUCCUUCCUUCCUUUCACCUUCUUUCUUGCUUUCUCUCUCUCUCUCUCUCUCUCCCUCUCCCCGCCUCUGCCUGGUGAGCCUUCCCUGUUUUCUGCCUGGAAGCCCCCACCCUUCAUCCCUCACCCAUGACCUGGUCAGUGUGCCCACCCCUCCUCUCUGCUCACACAUGGACUGGUACAUAUUUGGAUGCAGCCCUUACUUAAGGGCUGUAAUUAUUUAUAGAUAUGAUUUAUAGAUAUGUCUGUCCUCUCCUCUGGGUUGUAAGUUUCUCCAAGGGAGGAAUUCUAUUUUAUUCAUCUCUAUCCUCAGUUCCUCAGCAGUGUUUGGAGUUUAAUAGGUUCUACAGAUGUUUGUUAAAGAAAUGGAUGAAUAAAUGAAUGAGUGGACUCAG